AUGGGCACUACCUGUUCCGAAGAAUUGGACGCCUGUACUGUCGGUUCCGAAGUCUACGACGUCACUUCCAUGACUCCCGAAGAGGGCACCUUCGGUGUAGAUCUGGCCAGGGCACGCAUUCCCUCAGGCUUUAAGGCCUGUGCGACCACUGUAAAUUCUGCCAAUCGCUGCAUCCCACAGUUG